AAGGACCUGUACAAGGAGGCCAUGAUGGAGGAGCACCAGCCUCUUAUAUCACAGGAAAAUCUUAGCAAGAAUUCUGAGAGAAACAUCAUGUUAUCACUAAGUAAUAAAGCUGAAGAAGAUGAAGAUAUCCUGCAGUGCUCUUUAGGAGAAAACCUCAUUACCCCUAAUGUACAUCCAGGACUUCACAGUACAGAUCUGUCAUAUAAUCCUCCUAAUCAUGAGGAACCUUCUCCUGACCAAUCACAGAUUGUUACCCCAAAUGCAGGUCAAAAAGGGGGUGAAAGGUUUCAAUGUGGUAAACAAUUCACAAAAAGCUCAGGUCUUUCUACAAACAGAAGAAUUCACACAGGAGAGAAGCCAUUCUCAUGUUCAGAAUGUGGGAAAUGCUUUUCAGGAAAAUCAAAUCUUAUUAGACACAAAAGAAGUCACACAGGAGAGAAACCAUAUCCAUGUUCAGUAUGUGGGAAAUGUUUUACAGAGAAAUCAAGUCUUAUUAGGCAUGAAAGAAUUCACACAGGAGAGAAGCCGUAUUCAUGUUCAGAAUGUGGGAAAUGUUUUACCGAUAAAUCAUUUAUUGUUAUACAUAAGAGAAGUCACACAGGAGAGAAGCCAUAUUCAUGUUCAGAAUGUGGGAAAUGUUUUACAUAUAAAUCAAAUCUUCUUAUACAUGAGAGAAGUCACACAGGAGAGAAACCAUAUUCUUGUUCAGAAUGCGGGAAAUGUUUUACAGAGAAAUCAUAUCUUGUUGCACAUGAGAGACGACACACGGGAGAGAAGCCAUAUUCAUGUUCGGAAUGUGGGAAGCAAUUUUCAGAUAAAUCAAAUCUUGUUAGGCAUGAGAGAAAUCACACAGGUGAGAAACUGCAUUCAUGUUUAGAAUGUGGGAAAUGUUUUAUUUCUAAAGCACAACUUAGGAAUCAUCAGGAAAAACACACAAGAGAGAAGCUGUAUUCAUGUUGAGAACGUGGAAAAUGUUUUUCAUAAAAAUCUGAUCUUGGUAGACAUAGAUAAUUUAUAGGUGGAACCAUUUUCACAUAUUUUAACAUAUUGGGUUAUUCAUGGACCUUAAAAGACGUUAAAGGCUAUGUACACCUUUGUAGGCAAUUGUUUAUGAUUGUAUUUUACUCAUUUUGACCUAAAAAUCAUUUUUUCAAUUGGUCUUUAUUGAGCCAUUUUGACAAGAGUUAACUAGAAGGUUGAUAUUCCUGAACAGCAUCUGAAAAAAAUAGGGUCUUCUUGGAUAUCGGUGGUCAUUAGUGCAAGCUGCCAGCUUAAGCCGGGUUCACAUCACCAAUUUGUUUUCCAUUCUCCUGAUCCGUCAAAAGAACAUGAUCCUGUAUUUUAAGCAUCUGUUAUGCUCAGUUAUGCAGAUUUUGCAUCAGUUUUAGCCAUUUUCGUCUGAGAUCUUUUUUUUAAGAUGGAAAAAAAUUACUUCGAACAGGACUUACCCAGGUGUAUUCAGGUUAAAUGGCUGCACAGGCAGAAGUUGGUACAUGGGCAGUCAAGAGAUUAAAGCACCUUUGCAGAAUCUUGCCAGCUAUUGCUCAAGCAGAGAAUUAGGUAAACAGUACAGUAUAAAUAUCAGAUGCUGAUUACACAUUAGAAACAGCCUAGCAGCUGCACACAGAACCAAAGCAGGGCUUAACCCUUGCAAUAGUGCUGAAUGAGGUGAGGUUCAAUAAAGAAUGUCCCCAAUAGAUACAUUGGACAUCGGCGCCGAGGCCUGCUGAUGGAACGUUAGACCUGCAACAGACACAGGACGAGUGCAGCGGUGCCUGCCCAAAGUAGCAGGGCAGCAGCGUACAUGGGCUGGUGGUAUAAAGUUACUCCCCCCUAUACCUUCUCUUCUUUGGUCCAGACAGUCAUAGAAAUCUCUUAAGCAGAACUGGGGCAUUGAUGUUUUCUAUGCUUCUGCACCCUUUCCUCAGUGCCUUAGGUGCUUAGGAUGAAUUUGACCUCAAAUUCAUCCUCAUCACCAGCAGGAACAGAAGUGUAUACAGAGGGUUUGGAAUAGGAGUCUGAGGUGGAACAUGUGGAAGGAGUUGGGAAUGGGGAGAGAUGGAGUCAAAUGUUGCUUAUAACAGACUGGGUUAAUUUGGCAGAUAACCCCGGAAGUGGAGUGACUGUGAAAGAUGGUACUAAGGGAAUUGUGGUGGAGCUCUUUGUUUCUUAUCAACAAACCACUUGCAUAAGUCUAAGCCUGAGUUAGGAAAGCCUCCUGUCAUAUCUGUAAACAAAUUAUUGGCUGCAGCAUCUGCAAUGGAUACAGGAAGAUAAAGGUGCUGUACA